AUGCAGCCAUUGUUCCCAGGAGAAAGUGGUGUUGAUCAACUAGUGGAGAUCAUUAAGGUUCUGGAAACUCCUACAAGAGAGGAGAUAAAAUGCAUGAAUCCAAAUUAUACUAAAUUUAGGUUUCCUCAAAUAAAACCUCAUCCAUGGCACAAGGUCUUUCAAAAGCGUUUACCUCCAGAAGCAGUGGAUUUAGUUUGUAGGUUUUUUCAAUAUUCACCCAAUUUGCGCUGCACUGCGUUGGAAGCUUGUGUUCAUCCCUUCUUUGAUGAAUUGAGGGACCCAACCACCCUGUUGUUUGUAAAUAGAAGAAGAGGAAAAAUGGAUAAUAUUUCACUGCUUUUUAAAACUGAGAAAUUACAGAGCUUAAAUAGGAAACAAAAACAUGAACUGAAAGAAAGAUAA